AAUGACUUUUCCCAUAGCGACUGCGUGUCAAGUAAUGAGACCAGUUUGCUAGAACGAACCACAGCACCUCAUGAUGGACUACCAGUGGCUUCCCAUAGACCUCAGCGAGAAGCUGUCCACAUUGAGAAGAUAACCCUGAAAGGAGUACCAAGAAAAAGGGCUGACAAACAUUUGGAGUACACAUUCAAAGUAACCUGGUCCGAUUUUUCGGUAACAUGUGUAACAAAAACACACCAGGAGCUUCAGGAAUUCCUGCUAAAACUCCCAAAGGAAUUGUCUUCUGAAGCAUUUGACAAGACUAUUUUAAGAGCACUAAAUCAGGGUUUUCAGAAGAGGGAAGAACGAAGGCAUGCUGAUCUUGAGCCCAUAAUCAGGCAGCUAUUUUCAAAUACAUCGCAAGCUUUUCUGCAGAAUCAGAGAGUAUACAACUUCUUCCAAUCAAUUUCAUCAGAAUCUUUGCACACUCACAGUAACUUACAACCCUCUUUGAAGACGGUUAAGGCACCAGAACACUUCAAGGAGGACAGUUCAGAAGCUUCAAGUCAGGAGGAAGAUGUAAUGCAACACACAGCAGUUCACAAGAAACAUAACGGAAAAAGUCCUGUUGCCAACAGCACUAGCAGUGCAAAAUGUUCUUCACUGGAUAGCCUUAACAUACAGCACUCUGAGCAAAACGGGGUAAUGGACUGGAGAAGAAAAAACUGUAUUGUCCAGCAGCACCCAGAGCACUGUACAAACCUACUUGACCAGCAUACAAUGGAAAAACGAAGUCUGUCUACAGUAAGCAAGAAGAAAGGAAAGCCACAGCUGGAAAAGGAGAAAGCGAAGAAAACUGACUGCCGGUUGAAUACCAGGACUAACGGAGUUAGAGUUGCAGCCUCACAGCACAUUCGUCCAGGGACAGCAAAAGAUCUGAAUUUGGACGCUGGAUCUGGUCAUGAUACAUGUGGAGAAACAUCAUCUGAAAGUUACAGUUCUCCUUCUAGUCCACGACAUGAUGGGAGGGAAAGCUUUGAUAGUGAAGAAGAAAAAGACAGAGAUACAGACAGCAAUUCCGAGGACUCUGGGAAUCAAAACACAACCAGGUUUACAGGCUACAGUGCUGUCAGUUCAUCAAAUCUGAACAAGUCAUCUGCUCAGAUCUCUUCAGUGAAUAGUGAAAACGGAAGCCUUUCAGAAGAGCCUUUGAAUGCGAAGUUUCAACACAUUUCCUUCAUGCCUGCCUUACACUGUGUGAUGCACAGCGCUGCCCAAAAGCCUGAAGCAGUUGUCCCGCCUCCCAUAUCCGCAGAUGGCAAAACGAUGGGAAUGCUCGUUACCACGCCUGUUGCUGUCUCGCCAGCGAGAGAGUCUGCGAAUUCACCUCCUGGUGGAAUGGGCCCAGGGACCUCUGGUGAACCCGAGAAACGCCUUGAGCUGAUGGCUUCCCCUCUGCCAGUCCCAUCCACUUUCCUCCCACAUUCUGUCCAGCCUGGUAGCCCUGCUUUGCAUUUGGCAAUACAUAGAUUGAAAAUGCCCUCUCCCCAGGGAUCAUCGGAAAGUUGCACAGUUAAUGGACCGCAGCAGCCGACAGGAAACUUAAGUAUUGGAUCACCAAAUACUGCCUUUAUCCCAGUCCACAGUCCAGGUAGUUUCCCAGGAUCUCCAGUUCCUACUACAGAUCCCAUCACAAAACCUGCAUCCCAGGUGGUAGGACUGAAUCAAAUGGUGCCUCACAUUGAGGGAACCGCAGGAGCAAUCCCUCAGCCUACCAAUCUAAAGGUAGUUCUUCCAGCAGCUGGUCUCUCCACAGCAGCAGCGCCACCUCCACCAGCUUCAUACGCUUUGCCAGGCAGUCCUCACGCCACCAGUGUGUUGCCCAACCAGAACACAAACGUGCUGAACUCUGUAGCAACUUCCUCACCACCUCAGUCGGCCGGUUUAGGUGUCGGUCAGGUCCAGUCCACCGUUCCCCCCGCAAUCCCUACCCACACGCCAGGCCCUGCCCCCAGCCCGAGCCCCGCUCUGACACACAGCACUGCGCAGAGCGACAGCACGUCCUACAUCAACGCCGUUGGAAAUAACACCACUAACGGGACAAUGUUGCCUCCGCAGCAGUUGGGAUCUGGUCCUUGCGGUUCUUGCGGACGUAGGUGUAGCUGUGGGACCAAUGGAAGCCUUCAGAUUAAUAGCUAUUUUUAUCAUAACCCACUUCAUGGACAAGUCUACAGAGUCCCAUCCUUCUUCACUCUGCCAUCACUUUGCAAUGGCAGCUACCUCAAUCAAGCACAUCAAAGCAAUGGAACACAACUUCCCUUCUUCCUGCCUCAGUCUCCGUAUGCAAACGGGCUUAUGCAUGACCCAGUGAUGGGGAGCCAAGCCAACUAUGGUAUGCAGCAGAUGGCAGGAUUCGGGAGGUUCUAUCCUGUAUAUCCAGCACCUAACGUAGUUGCCAACACAAAUGGGUCGGGACCCAAGAAGAACGGGAACGUUUCGUGUUACAAUUGUGGUGUAAGUGGACACUAUGCGCAGGACUGUAAGCAGUCAUCCAUGGAGGCCAGUCAACAAGGCACUUACAGACUGAGAUACGCACCUCCCCCUCCCCCUUCCAAUGAUACCUUGGAUUCUGCAGACUGAAACAAGUAAACAUUGCCUACUUAAACUGAAGCUUGGGAAGCUGGGGGAAGGUGUGUGUGUGGGAGGGGGGGGGGUGGUCUUGUGUUUUGGGACAUUCCCGGUUCUAUAUUCUUUUGGAAUUUUUCAUUGCUUUUGCACCUCUGUUCCAUACAAAAAGAAGAAAGCUGAGUCCCUGGUCUCCUCCUGGUUCUACAAAAGGCUUGCGUAAUGCAUGUAAUUGAGACACACAGCCAAACAAUCAGAAAGAGCAUUCGAACCAUGCUUUUGCACUGAAGACUUGAGACAUGUGCAAUGUUUACUGCAUUU